CAGAUCAUUAUAUAAUCCUCUUUUUGAAAUUUCUGUCAAGUGUUUCUUAUCAGAGGACGAUUGCUUCUGCUCCCAGAUUGCUUUUUUUUUAAACGAUGCCUGUCAGUACUGGUCCGGGGCCUGCUCAUCAUGCCUCUGCGUCUCUACCAGGUCGAGUAGACCACCCGGAGGCAGCCAUGACAGGCCCGUCCGUCGGUCCCCGUCCCGCAGCGCUCCCAUCGGACGCUACGACCAAAGCCGCAGUGACCAUCACAGCGCCCAGCGCCGUCCGUGAAAAAGGGAUCGAUGCAGCCGUCCCUCAUCCAAGCGCACUGGUCAAACCAUCCAAAAAAGAUGUGCCCUCUGAUCCGUUCAGUGAAAGCGUUUAUAAAUUGAUCCCAGUUGAAGAACCAGUGCCUCCAAAGGCCGAGCGGUACAAGAGCAGGUUCUCAGGAAUGGCUCACGAAGAGUUUAAAAAGGGAAAGAAGAGUGCUGCCAGUAUGGGUCCCCUCAAAGUUCCUGUACCGGAUCCAAAAGAGUUUUUGAAAAAAGGGGAGAGAGAGAAUGGAGCUGGACGUGCUCCUCCUCAGCACCCUGAUAGAACAGUUCGCAAAGCCGACUUACCCAAAGAGCCCGGACGCCUCCCGUCAACGUCCACAAAAGACUUUGUCCGGACGAACGCUCUAGACAAUAUCAACUCUGUGGCAAAAAAACCACCUAGCCCACCAGCUUCAUACCUCACCAAAAAGACGUACGGCCAAGUCCCACCGUAUCUCCGGCAAGAUGACCCCGUCCCGCAUCCAUCGCAAACCCUCCAUGCCCAAUCCCACUCCAAAUCGGAUACACGGACUCGAAACCAAACGAUUCUUGAGCAGCUUGCAAAUGAGAGGCAACAACGUGCUCAACAAGAGGAGGGGUUGGUGAGGUUACCCGAAACAGAGCGAUUGGAGAUUUUGGAUGGUUUACAAAAGAAUUGGCAAAAGUUGAAUUCCGAUUAUCAAAAGCUGAGUCUGACGGUGGAUACUGUGCCAAAGAUUGCUAGAAAAGUCAACAUGGAGCAGCAGCUGAAGGAACUCGAGGACAAUAUCCACAAGUUCUCGCACCCAAACAUUUAUGUUGGGUUCGGGUCCGUGUAUGCUAGGUAGAUCACAAGUAUGUUUUUCUUUAAACAAAUCUUGACAAACAAACAAGAGCGUUUAUAAAGAGUAUUUUAUACUUGGAGAGUGGAGAGUAAUUAAAUUCCAAAUAAUAAAAAGAUUUAUGCAUGUA